CGGGCAGCCCGGGCUACACACACACACGCGCGCGCGCGCACACGCUGCUGUAUUCCCUCAGUGUCCGAUACGCCUCUCUUCCCCUCUUAAUUACACUUGAAUUAUUAUGGCAGUUCAGCGUUAGAGGGGUUAUGAAGCAAUGUUCCCCCGAAGUCUCCCUCUCCCACACUAGUUACCACACUCCAUGCUGCAGCCACUCUUGGAAGGUUUGCUGUUGGUAGCCUUUUGGCUUGGAAAGAAAGAAGAGCUCACAAGCCACAUCAGCUGUUGUCGGAGCACAUAUGGUGCAUUGUUGCCAUUCCCAGGCCUUCCUCCUCAAGGCUCAGCCUUUUGCUGCCCUGCUGUGCAAGUAGGAUUUGUCAUACGACAGGAUAUUAAUAUAUUUAGUCUAUUUCUUUUGUAUUUUUGGGUUUGGGGGGGUCACACAAGGACGAUAAAGGUUGCUUUUAAUUUUUUCUCCCACUGCCUUUGAGGUGGUGGUUGAGCGAUAAAGGCCAUGGAGCCCAAUAUGGAGUACUGUCUGGCACAAGUGCUACAGAAGGAUGUGGGCAGGAGACUGCAGGUUGGACAGGAGCUUAUUGAUUACAUCACUGAUAAGGAGAAGUCUUAUGACCUGGAGCAGGAUCAAACUGCACUGGACAAGAUGGUGGAUGGUCUUGCUUCCUCCUGGGUCAACUCCAGCAACUUCAAGUUGGCUUUGCUGGGAAUUGACAUUUUAUCUGCCUUGGUGACAAGAUUGCAAGACCGUUUCCGGGCCCAGAUUGGAACAGUUUUACCUAGCUUAAUAGAUCGAUUAGGUGACGCCAAAGAUCAAGUGAGAGACCAGGAUCAGACACUGCUGCUGAAGAUCAUGGACCAGGCUGCUAAUCCUCAGUAUGUGUGGGACAGAAUGCUGGCGGGAUUCAAACACAAAAACAACAGGACCAGAGAAGGAGUCUGUCUCUGUCUCAUUGCAACAUUAAAUGUGUAUGGUGCCCAGGGUUUAACUCUAAACAAAAUCGUACCGCAUAUAUGUAAUCUGCUGGGGGACCCCACAAGUCAGGUGAGGGACAGUGCCAUGAACUGCCUUGUGGAAAUAUAUAGACAUGUUGGAGAAAGGGUUAGAGUGGACCUCAGCAAGAAAGGAUUGCCACAAUCAAGGUUGAAUGUCAUUUUUGCCAGAUUUGAUGAGGUCCAAAGGUCUGGGAACAUGAUUCCUUCUUCUGGGUCAGAUAAGAACUUUGAUGAUGAGGACUCUGUGGAUGGAGGCAGGUCCUCCUCUUCCACAUCAUCUAAAGCUUUCUCCAGCAGCAGCAGCAAGAGGGGAGGAAACAUGGGCUCAAUGAGACGACCCAGUUCUGCCUCAACACCCAGAGCUGCUGGAAAAGAGGGAGCCAGUGCGGGAGCUGUGGAUGAAGAAGAUUUUAUGAAGGCGUUUGAAGAUGUCCCUACUGUGCAGAUCUAUUCCAGUAGAGAACUCGAAGACUCCAUAACUAAGAUCCGCGAGGUCUUGUCAGAUGAUAAACAAGACUGGGAGCACAGAGUUGCUGCUCUGAAGAAAAUCCGCUCGCUGCUCCUAGCAGGAGCUGCUGAACACGAAGGGUUUCUUCAACAGCUACGACUUUUGGAAGGUGCCUUCAAGCUCUCUGCGAAAGACUUGCGCUCCCAAGUCGUCCGGGAGGCCUGCAUCACUCUAGGACAUGUGUCCUUAGUGUUCGGGAACAAAUUUGACCAUGGAGCAGAGGCUAUCAUGCCCACGCUACUCAAUCUUGUGCCUAACAGCGCCAAAGUCAUGGCCACCUCCGGCGUGGCUGUUAUUCGUCUUAUUUUACGGCAUACACACUAUCCUCGUCUUAUCCCAAUUAUCACCAGUAACUGCACAUCUAAAUCAGUGGCAGUUCGAAGACGGUGUUAUGAAUUCCUAGAACUGUUGUUGCAAGAAUGGCAGACUCAUACACUAGAACGGCAUGUUGCAGUUCUCACUGAGACCAUCAAGAAAGGAAUUCAUGAUGCGGACUCGGAAGCCAGAUCUAUAGCCAGAAAAUGUUACUGGGGAUUUCAUGCUCACUACAGCCGGGAGGCAGAACACCUAUUUCAGGCUCUGGAGUCGACCUAUCAGAAGGCCAUUCAAUCUUACCUGAAGAGUUCUGACAGCAUUGUGUCUCUGCCACAGUCUGACCGUUCUUCCUCCAGCUCUCAGGAGAGCCUCAAUCGACCGCUUUCUGUGAGGACUGUGAUUGGAGGAAGCAUGACCAGAAGUAAGGUGGUGAGCUCCAGAACACCGACCACCCCUGGUUCACUUCAGCGGUCACGCAGUGACAUCGAUGUGAAUGCUGCUUCCAGUGCCAAGUCCCGGAUGCCCGCUGUGCCCUCUCAUCCCUCUCCUUCCCCUUUCAGUUCAGCUGCAGCCCUCCCCCCAGGAUCCUAUGCCUCUCUGGAUGGUACACCUGGUAAAAUAGAUGGUCGUGUGCGCACCAGAAGGCAGAGCUCCGGAAGCACUGUAGGUGCAAACGCUACAGUAACAGACAGCCGAGGCCGGAGCAGGGCUAAGGUUGUGUCUCAGUCCCAACGAUCCAGAUCAGCUAACCCUGCUGGUGCGGGAAGCCGUUCCAGUUCUCCAGGAAAGCUGCUGGGUCACACAUACGGUAGAGUCCCGCGUACCCCAGCCAUGGCUUCUACACCUUCAGACAAACGAGCUAGGGUCCCUAGAAGCCAGGGCUGUAGCCGAGAGACCAGCCCAAACAGACUAGGCAUAGCUGAGCUGUGUGGUAAAGCCCUUCUUCCUCCUGCUUCUCGUUACCGCAUGCUAGCUCGGAGCAGUCGCAUUCCACGCCCCAGCAUGAGUCAGGGCUGCAGCCGUGACACAAGUCGCGAGAGCAGCCGCGAUACCAGCCCUGCUCGGGGUUUCACUCCUCUGGCGUCCCGACGCCACUCUCGCUCCACCAGUGCGCUGUCCACGGCCGAGCCCGUGGGCCAGUCAGAUCGAUUUGGGCUAAUCCACCAAGCACGUAUUUCUGCCUCUGUUAAUGCCAUGAAAGUUUUAAACACAGGGACAGACGUCGAGGCAGCUGUGGCUGAUGCUCUACUGUUAGGAGACUCCAGGAAUAAGCGCAAACCGAUGAGAAGGCGGUACGAAUCACCAGGGAUGUACUCUGAUGAUGAUGCCAACAGCGAUGCAUCCAGUGCGUGCUCUGAGCGAUCAUACGGCUCCCGCAAUGGAGGGAUACCACACUACUUACGGCAGACAGAGGAUGUUGCUGAGGUGCUUAACCACUGUGCCAGCUCCAACUGGUCUGAGAGAAAGGAAGGCCUCUUGGGCUUGCAGAACUUACUUAAGAGCCAGCGUGUCCUUAGCCGAGUGGAGAUGAAAAGAUUAUGUGAGAUCUUCACAAGGAUGUUUGCAGAUCCUCAUAGCAAGGUGUUCAGCAUGUUCCUGGAGACUCUGGUAGACUUCAUUACGGUUCAUAGAGAGGACCUUCAGGACUGGCUUUUUGUCUUGCUUACUCAGCUGCUAAAGAAGAUGGGAGCCGAUCUCUUGGGUUCAGUUCAGGCCAAAGUUCAAAGGGCUCUGGAUGUCACUCGUGAAUCUUUCCCAUUUGACCAACAAUUUAACAUCCUUAUGAGGUUUAUUGUUGAUCAAACACAAACUCCCAACUUGAAGGUUAAGGUGGCCAUCCUGAAGUACAUUGAGUCCCUGGCAAGGCAGAUGGACCCUGCAGACUUUGUGAAUUCCAGUGAGACAAGAUUAGCUGUGUCCCGUAUCAUAACCUGGACCACAGAACCCAAAAGCUCUGAUGUUAGGAAGACCCUUCAUAACUGGGCGAGUGAGGAGUUUUCAGGCAGGCCAGUCACUACAGCCGCACUGCCAGGAGAGGGUAAUCUGGAGGAAAGGUGUAAGCAGGCUGCCCAGGUGGUGCUGAUCUCUCUCUUUGAGCUGAACACACCUGAAUUCACCAUGCUUCUUGGAGCUUUGCCCAAAACAUUCCAGGAUGGAGCCACCAAGCUCCUCCAUACACACCUGAAGAACUCCAGCAGCACCAGUGGUGUAAGUUCUCCCAGCAACACAAUUGGCCGUACACCACCAAGGCAUUCAUCCAGCAGGACGAGCCCCCUCACCUCUCCCACUAAUUCCUCUCACACUGGCCUUUCACCAAGUAUGCUGGAGUAUGACACAGAGAAUAUGAACUCUGAUGAAAUCUACAGUUCACUGCGUGGUGUAACAGAGGCUAUCCAGAGCUUUAGGUAUCGCAGCGAGGAGGACCUUAAUGAGCCAGUCAGACGUGAAUUUAAGAAGGAUGAUGGGGUUGGCCGGGAGACUGCGUCACCUGGAUCAGAUUCUCGGUUAGGUUUGGAUAUAGUUGAGGGAGGACGCACUGCCUUGGAUAACAAAACAUCUCUGCUCAACACCCCCUCUCCACGGUCUUUUGCUGGGCCACGGACACGAGAGUUCGCUCCAUAUGGCUAUGGAGACACCAUUGGUGGUUAUGAUAAGAGUGCUUUGAAAGAGGCUGUCUUUGAUGAUGAUGUGGAACAGUUCCGUGAUUGCCGUCGGCAGGAGUGCAGUGAGAACAAGAUGGUGCUCUCCAAGGGCUUUGCUCCUGACCUGGUGGCAGAUCUGCUGAAAGAGCUGUCUAAUCACAAUGAGCGAGUGGAGGAAAGAAAAGGGGCGCUGGUGGAACUGCUAAAGAUCACCCGAGAAGACAGCCUAGCUGUGUGGGACGAGCAUUUUAAGACCAUCCUGCUGCUGCUCCUGGAGACACUUGGAGACAAAGAUCACACAAUUCGAGCUAUGGCUCUGCGUGUUCUAAAAGAAAUCCUAAGAAUUCAGCCAGCUCGCUUCAAGAACUAUGCAGAACUCACCAUCAUGAAGACAUUAGAGGCACACAAAGACUCUCAUAAAGAGGUGGUAAGAGCUGCUGAAGAGUCUGCAUCCACACUGGCUGGCUCCAUCCAUCCUGAGCAGUGCAUCAAAGUUCUGUGUCCCAUUGUGCAGACUGCAGACUAUCCCAUCAACCUGGCAGCUAUUAAAAUGCAGACAAAAGUUGUAGAACGAAUUGCCAAGGAUUCUCUUCAUCAGCUGUUGCCAGACAUUAUUCCUGGCCUCUUACAGGGCUAUGACAACACAGAAAGCAGUGUUCGCAAGGCCAGUGUUUUUUGCCUGGUGGCCAUCUAUUCUGUCAUUGGUGAGGAGCUCAAACCCCACCUGGCACAGCUUACGGGCAGUAAGAUGAAGUUGCUAAACCUGUAUAUCAAGAGAGCCCAGACGACCAACAGCAACAGCAGUAGCUCAUCCGAUGUGUCAUCUCACAGCUAAUGCAGAAGGCAUGCUCAUCAAUGCCUCUGUACUCCAUAGUGGAAUAUUAGCUGUGCCUCCUUUAGACCAUUUUGUUCCUUUUUAAUGCUUAUUUUUUUCUCAAUGUUUCCAACACAUUUUGUUCAUUUCCAUCAGUAUUCCUUUUAAUUUCUUGUUUGCUAAAUGUAAAAAAAAUUGUUUCUUAACAGUGAGUUAUGGGGAUCACAUUUUCUCUUUUUUUGUUUUUGUUUGUUUUUGUUUUUUGACUGGCACUAGUUACUUUUCUUUAAGGUUUUACUUGAUAUUUAACAUUAAUAAUGUAAUAAUGUGGACGUUUUUCAAAUCUAUAGUGUUUGAGAUUUAGACAUUGUUUCAAAUGGGAAACAGUUGUGUAGGUUAAAUACGUCACUUAAAUCUGAGUUAGUGGAGGAUCAUUUGGCUGGCCGAGUGAUUUAAAUGUGAUUGAAAAGAUCAAGUGUCAUUUUAAAGUUAAGCUAAAAUGACAACCGAAAAUGUAGGACUGAGUGUAUAAAUUUAUUUAAAUUUGUAUUUAAACACAAUAAAAUGCCACCAGAUCUGCACACCCUAUAACCAAGAAAAGAAUCUAAAAUUUUAACUGAAGGCUGUUUUAAAGUCUAUGGAUUUUUAUUAUAAGUUGCUUUACUUUUAGCAUGUCAGCUAGCCUAUUUAUUUUUUUCAUGGUAUGGUUUGCCCUACCAUAAUGGCCCAAAUCAACAAGAACAAGGACAAACUAUUAAGUGUGUAUUCUAUCCAGAAUUUUGUUAAUUCAGUGCAAAUUUUCUGCAUCAGAUUCACAUUAAGGGCCAAUGCUAUGUUAUUUUAUUGCUUUGAAUCUUGCAUGAAACCUUUAAUCUGUCCAGUGUUGGUCAGUACAGAGCUUAAGGUCCUAACCUCCUUAGGUUAGUUUUUUUUUCUCCUAAUUCCACUAUGUAAGUAUUCAAUGUAAGCUGUACUCCUGAAGUAACAGGCUGUUGAUUACACUACAACACUCAUCUACUCAAAAAGGUUUAGUUUCCUUUUUGUAGUAUUUGUAAAGAUCAUUGCAAAAUUCUGGAUAGACUGCUACAUAAACACACAUGCUGACAUCCCAGUUUCAAGAAAAUGACAAUCUAAAUUAAAAUAUAAAAUGUAAAUUAUUAAUCAUUUAAAUUAAGUUGUAAAAGCUUAAAGAUAAUUUUGUUGUCGCAUAUGAAAGCUAACAGGUGCUUCACUUUAUUGCAUUGGAGGACACAUGAUCGGGAGCAUCUUGAGUCAAAAACACUGAAUGAAGACUGGUUAAAGACUCGUGAACUACAUUUCGAACCAGACUCGCGUCUAUACUGCUCCUGCUGCUUAAUGAAGACAUUGUGUACAUGCCUAACAAAUAAUGUGCAAAUGGAAGUGAUUCCUGCUUUGAAGGACAAAUAAUGGUGGCCAAAAUUUCAGACACUACAAUGCUUAUUGUUUAGGGUUUUUGUUUUCCUUCUCCAUAUUAUACUUUGGCCACUCAGACUGUUGGUGUUAAAUAUUCACUUUGAUUUAAAUGUGAAAAGUGCUGUAGAUACAGUGAAUGUGUCUAUACACUGUUAAAUCCCUCUAAAUUGGCAUAAAUUAAUAAUAGAUGCAUUGUCUAAUGGCUGAACCUUUUACCAGUUUCCUCUGCAGCUUUUGCUAUAAGAUGCUUUUUGUACAUAAGUUGUUAUAAACAAACAAAAAAAACAAGCAAAAAAACAAUGGGGAUUUGCACUCUUUUGCACGUUAGCAAAUAACCUGCAUGUUUUGGAACACGCCCAUCUUGUGCUGCAGUGAUUGGCCUUGUUACAGUUUUUGAGACCUUACCUCCUCAGUCCUGCAGUCAGUCUGUAAAUACAGUAUUAAUGCUUUCCCCAAGCAAGGUGACCUCCAAGUACAAAACCUAAACAGGGCUUAAUAAGGUGACCAAAAUACCUUAUGUCUGUCUUUACAUAAACAAACAUUGUAAACUUUGGGUGAAAGCAUCAUAGUUUUCAAAUCAUAUCAAAUAAUGGAGCGUAGAGCUUUUGCAAAAAUACAAAAUUUGUACCUCCCCUGGUAAUAUCUAGCUUUUUUUUGUAGGGCAGCCAUGAGCUGAGGAUGGCCUGCCGUGGAAGACUCUCAUUAGAUCUAGUUCAAAACCGAGCCAGUGUUGCAGGGAAACUUAAGUAUUAGUUGAUGAGUGGGUCUCUAUAAUCUGUGGAAAUGUGGGACCACAGAAAAUAUUCCAGCAAAUUGUUGUCUGCACAUGUUCCAACUGUGUUUUUGUCUUGUAUCACUAAUAUCUGUAUUUAUACACUUAAUUUUCUUUUAUCAUGACUGUACAGUUGUUGUUUUUUUGUUCCUUCUUUUUAAAGGGCCAUGUGUGAUAGAUUUGCAACCUGAACCUGUUUGCCCUACAAUAAACCCGAAACCCUGACCGUAA